GAGCAUACAUGGCUCAGCUCCAGGUCACAGGUGCGAGGUUUAGCUGGACCACUCUGCUGGCCCUGUCUCAAUUUACCUACCUGCUGUUGGGGGCCACCGUUUUCCAGUUGCUUGAGAAAGAGGCUGAGAGCCAAAAUCGCAACCAAUUUCAAAUGGACAAACUCAACUUUCUGGCUAAUUACACCUGCCUGGAUGGACCAGCCUUGGAGAAGUUUGUAAAGGUGAUUUUAGAUGCAAGGGAAAGCGGUGUGAACCCUUCAGGAAACUCCACUAACCCGAGUAACUGGGAUUUUGGCAGUUCUUUCUUCUUUGCAGGGACAGUUGUCACCACUAUAGGCUAUGGAAAUCUCUCACCCACCACAUACCCAGGGCAGGUUUUCUGUGUGUUUUACGCCCUGUGUGGGAUCCCCCUUAACCUGGCCUUCCUCAACCAGCUUAGCAAGUGUCUCAGCCUUCAUCUGGGACGCCUGGAGAACAGGAUGAUGUCAAUGGUGCCUCACAAGCAGUGUGUGGAGGUGCUGGCCGUGGCUUUAUUCCUACUCAUGGGCAGUCUGCUCUUCCUGAUCUUCCCACCGGUGAUCUUCAGCUACGUGGAGGGCUGGUCAUAUGGAGAGGGCUUCUACUACGCCUUCAUAACACUCAGCACCAUUGGCUUUGGAGACUAUGUGGUCGGAAAUGGCCAGGACAAGCAAAACGUCUCUGUGUACCGCUGCCUAGCAGCAGUGUGGAUCAUCUUUGCACUGGCAUGGCUCGCCCUUCUUCUCAACAUCGGCGCCAGGAUCAUGGAGCAUUUUCUCGGCCUUAAACAGCCCCCCAUCACCUCAAGAGACGAGCGAAGGUCUUCAGUAAGGAAGCAGGAUGAGGGGCGGAGUACACCAGAGAACCAACCCCAAGAGACGGAGAAGGAAAAAGGCUUCUUUAAAAUCAGAAUGGUUUAAGCCUUGUGGUUUAAGACUCUCAAGAAAUGAGCUGUUAUUGGCUGUAAAGUGUACCUUUCAACCACUUUUUUUCAGUAUUUUCGUACAUACAAUGUGUACAUUACUGUAUAGUCUAGAUGUCAUACAUCACCUGUUGAUAAUUGUGCCAUGUUAAGGACUUGUAACAACAACUAUUAAUCUCUAUUCAUUUCAGACCAUGCAAUGUUUCCAAAUCCAAAUUUAGAAAUCAGAAUUACAUAGGACAAAUCAGUAGAGACCAAAUAUUUUGGCCCAGUAGAUUAUGAUUAUGGGUGCUGUAUGAAACCAAUGUCACUAUGGUGUCACUACCAAAUUAAGUCUGUUUUCACAUUUGUGUAUUUCUCCUAAGAGUUUGGUGCAUUUGUUGAAUUGUGAACACUUUUCAAGCCCGGAAGCGGAUCAGAGACCCGACCCAUGGCCCUCUGUUGGUCUGGGGCUUGUUCACCGAACAGUGGUGUCAUUUUCAGUUUUGGGAGUGUUUGGGCCAAGUGUGUAAACACCCUUAAAGUAAUCUGUGAGUAAAACACACUCAAAUUAAAGUGAUGACAGCUCAGAGUUUGGUAAUAGUCAUAUGACUUCUAAGCACUUGUAUCUACAAACUUUGCUUGUCACUAGCGCAUUAUGCAUUUGCAUGUAUCCUUUGAGUGCUCUUGUUGUGCUUUGGUAUUUGCAUUCUGUUUUUGUUUGAUACAUAGCUCAGGUUACAUCCAGGAUGAGCAUGCAUUCAGUCAAGAAUUAAAAUUCGUUAGACAUUUUACUGAACUGCUUUUCAUAUUCGAAGACCACAAGUAUGACUAUGAAUUAUUCCGAUAUAUUCCCCUUUGCAGGACUCAGAUAUCAGUGACUUGUCCUAAUAAACACGUGCUUGCACGUGUGUGUGAGUGA